GCCCAGCAGAGGAAACAGUGACAGACCUGGAGACUGCAAUUCUCUGUCCUUCAAACAGCUCUUUCACCAUGCCUGGGUCACUGCCUUUGAAUGCAGAAGCUUGUUGGCCAAAAGAUGUGGGAAUUGUUGCCCUUGAGAUCUAUUUUCCUUCUCAAUAUGUUGAUCAAGCAGAGUUGGAAAAAUAUGAUGGUGUAGAUGCUGGAAAGUAUACUAUUGGCUUGGGCCAGGCCAGGAUGGACUUCUGCACAGAUAGAGAAGAUAUCAACUCUCUUUGCCUAACUGUGGUUCAGAAUCUGAUGGAGAGAAAUAACCUUUCCUAUGAUUGCAUUGGAUGGUUAGAAGUUGGAACAGAGACAAUCAUUGACAAAUCAAAGUCAGUGAAGACUAAUUUGAUGCAGCUGUUUGAGGAGUCUGGGAAUACAGAUAUAGAAGGAAUAAAUACAACUAAUGUAUGCUAUGGAGGCACAGCUGCUGUCUUCAAUGCUGUUAACUGGAUUGAGUCCAGCUCUUGGGAUGGACGGUAUGCCCUGGUAGUUGCAGGAGAUAUUGCUAUAUAUGCCACAGGAAAUGCCAGACCUGCAGGUGGAGUUGGAGCUGUGGCUUUGCUGAUUGGGCCAAAUGCUCCUUUAAUUUUUGACCAAGGGCUUCGUGGAACACAUGUGCAACAUGCCUAUGACUUUUACAAGCCUGAUAUGCUGUCCGAAUAUCCUACAGUAGAUGGAAAACUCUCCAUACAACGCUACCUCAGUGCAUUAGACCACUGCUAUUCGGUCUACCACAAAAAGAUCCAUGCCCAGUGGCAGAAAGAGGGAAAUGAUAAAUAUUUUACCUUAAAUGAUUUUGGCUUCAUGAUCUUUCACUCACCGUAUUGUAAACUAGUUCAGAAAUCUCUAGCUCGAAUGAUGCUGAAUGACUUCCUUAAUGACCAGAACAGAGAUAAAAAUACUAUCUACAGUGGCCUGGAAGCCUUUGGGGAUGUUAAAUUAGAAGAUACUUUGACAGAUGUGGAAAAGGCAUUUAUGAAGGCUAGUUCUGAACUCUUUAAUCAGAAAACAAAGGCAUCUUUGCUUGUAUCAAAUCAAAAUGGAAAUAUGAAUACAUCCUCAGUAUAUGGUUCCCUGGCUUCUGUUCUAGCACAGUACUCCCCUCAGCAAUUGGCAGGGCAGAGGAUAGGAGUGUUCUCUAAUGGUUAUGGUUUGGCUGCCACCCUGUACUCUCUUAAAGUUACACAAGAUGCCACACCAGGUUCUGCCCUUCAUAAAAUAACAGCAAGUUUAUGUGAUCUUAAAUCAAGGCUUGAUUCAAGAAGUUGUGUAGCCCCAGAUGUCUUUGCUGAAAACAUGAAACUCAGAGAAGAUACUCAUCACUUGGCCAACUAUAUUCCCCAGUGUUCAAUAGAUUCACUCUUUGAAGGAACAUGGUACCUAGUUAGAGUGGAUGAAAAGCAUAGACGAACGUAUGCUUGGUGUCCCUCUCCAAAUGAUGACAAUUUGGUUGAAGGAGUAGGACUUGUGCAUUCAAACAGAGCAACUGAGCAUAUUCCAAGCCCUGCGAAGAAAGUGCCAAGACUCCCUGCAUCAUCAGCAGAAUCCAAAGCAGCUGUCAUUAGGAAUGGGGAACAUUAAGAUACUCUGUGAACUGCAAGACUUCACAGUGUGUUUGGGUUGGGGUGGGGAUAGGGGAACGGUUGAA